AUGACCAUGAUGGGUCGCCAUCAACAACAACAGCAGCAGCAGCAACCGCCGUCGGCGGCUCCCAACGGCGGCAGCAACAUAGCCAACAUGGCCAACAUCACCACCACCCGCCUUCACCACCUAGCCCGCUGCAAUCCCCAGCUGGCUCACAAGCUCCGACAGAUGGCCCUACCCCUCUCCCCGCUCGUCCAGCUCACGACGGGUGCCGUCCACGCCCACUUCCCCCGGAACGUGCUGCAGUUCUGGCUCCUCACCGACGACCAGCUCGAGAGCCUCGCCGUCUUCUACCACCAGCGCACGCCCUGUUCCUGGACCACGCAGUAUCCCUGUCCCAUCGCCUGGCGCUCCGACCUGCCGCUCGAGGAGAAGCGCCGGCGCAUGGGCAGGUUCAUCGGCCUGCGGGGCUGCGACGACGCCGGCUCGCCCGCCGACGUCGCCGCCAUCAUGGGCGGCUUGCGGUCCGAGGACGAGAUUGCCGAGGACACGAGGCUGGCCGCCGCCGCCGCCGACGACGAAGUCUGGCGCCGAAAGCUGAACCCCUGGUAG